ACAUUCCGCUGCCUGCCUUUCCCUGGCCUGGCUCAGUGCCCCAGGCCCACAGCCAGGGACCGAAUCCUGUCUGAGGCCAUCCUCAGCUGGGGGUGCACCCAUCGAAGCAGGAACUUGUCCCCAGGUCUGUGCGGGUGUCCACCACACCUGUAGCCCUAGAUGCCGAUAGAGUGUCUCCACCCAAUCCUAAACCCUCCAGUUCAAGCUGCCACUUGCCAGAUGGGAAAAGAAAAGCCCCCCGGGCUGAUCAGCUUGGCUCUGUCAUUGUCCCGCAUUGCCCAGAGCUAUCUCUAAGGGGAGCUCCUGAAACUGCCAUGUGGGCAGCUUUUUAAUGAGACAGCUGGGGGCGCAGGCUUUCUGAGACAAGAGCCCGAGACUACCCCCCCCACUUCCCAGCUUUGUGACCUUGAACAAGUUCCUUGACCUUGGAGAGCCUCAGUUUGCUCACCAGGGAAACUGGACCGCUGCUCUGCACCUCACAGCCAUACUGUGGCCUGGGGCCUCUGGCCAAGAAGUGAGCUGAUGGAGAGAGAGGGCCUCUCCCCUGAGGGUGACGCUGACCCAGAUGGUGGACUGGAUCUGGAGGAAUUCACCCGCUACCUGCAGGAGCGAGAGCAGCGCUUGCUGCUGCUCUUCCACAGUCUGGACCGGAACCAGGAUGGUCAUAUCGACGCCUCGGAGAUUCAGCAGAGUUUCCGAGCUCUGGGCAUUUCCAUCUCACUGGAGCAGGCAGAGAAAAUUCUACACAGCAUGGACCGUGAUGGCACCAUGACCAUCGACUGGCAGGAAUGGCGUGACCACUUCCUGUUGCAUUCGCUGGAGAACAUGGAGGACGUCCUCCAUUUCUGGAAACAUUCCACGGUCUUGGACAUCGGCGAGUGCCUGACUGUUCCAGAUGAGUUCUCGGAGCGGGAGAAGCUGACUGGCAUGUGGUGGAGGCAGCUGGUGGCGGGCGCGGCGGCCGGCGCUGUGUCACGUACAGGCACAGCCCCUCUGGACCGCCUCAAGGUCUUCAUGCAGGUCCACGCCUCCAAGACCAACCGGUUGAACAUCCUAGGGGGCCUACGGAGCAUGAUCCGAGAGGGAGGCAUGCGCGCCCUGUGGCGUGGCAAUGGGAUUAAUGUGCUCAAGAUCGCCCCUGAGUCAGCGAUCAAGUUCAUGGCCUAUGAGCAGAUCAAACGGGCCAUCCGGGGGCAGCAGGAGACGCUGCACGUACAGGAGCGCUUUGUGGCCGGCUCACUCGCUGGUGCCACGGCCCAAACCAUCAUCUACCCCAUGGAGGUGCUGAAGACACGGCUGACCCUUCGCCAGACGGGCCAGUACAAGGGGCUGCUAGACUGUGCGCGGCAGAUCCUGCUGCGGGAAGGACCCCGUGCCUUCUACCGCGGCUACCUGCCUAACGUGCUGGGCAUCAUUCCCUAUGCGGGCAUCGACCUGGCUGUGUACGAGACCCUGAAGAACCGGUGGCUCCAGCAGUAUAGCCACGACUCAGCCGAUCCGGGCAUCCUUGUGCUCCUGGCCUGCGGCACCAUCUCCAGCACCUGUGGCCAGAUAGCCAGCUACCCCCUGGCCCUGGUCCGGACCCGCAUGCAGGCCCAAGCCUCCAUCGAGGGCGGCCCCCAGCUCUCCAUGCUGGGUCUGCUCCGCCACAUCCUGUCCCAGGAGGGCAUGCGGGGUCUCUACCGGGGCAUCGCCCCCAACUUCAUGAAGGUUAUCCCGGCUGUGAGCAUCUCCUAUGUGGUCUACGAGAAUAUGAAGCAGGCCCUGGGGGUCACGUCCAGCACUGGACCCCAGACCCCCCACCGCUGGCAGGUCCCAGAUCCCCCUUAUUUCAAGCCCUGGAUCUCCAAGCUCGACCACUGGAUUCUGGAUAUCAACAAACUGGAUCCGGACAAUGCGAUGCCUAGAUCCCAGGGCCCCAAGCAAUGGAUCCCAGAUCCCCUCACUCCAAAACCUGGAUUCCUGAAUUCCUUUACCUUGACAUUCGGUCCCGGAUCGCUGUGCUUGGACUACCGGACCCCUACAUUUCAACCACUGCAUUCUCAAUCCCUGACCAUUGGAUCCCAGACUCCCAAGCCCCCAAUGCUGGCUCCUCAAAGCACCAUUGGGAGAGCCCGGCAGCAGAGUGAGUGGUCCUGGCGGCUGCAGCUGUUGGACCCCAAAUACCUGCACCGCGGGCACUGGGCACUGAAACCUCACCCACGGGGGCAGACCCGGGCACUCCCAGACACCGGGUCCCCACCCCUUAGCCCCUGGUUUCUGACCUGAAUGCUCAAGUCUAGAUCCCAAAGACCACUCCCACACACCCCCAACCCAGACACACACCAGAGCUGAGAGCCCCGCCCCAGGGGGGCACGCUCCCCAUAGUCUAGAGAUUCCUACAGUAAGCCCAGGUCCUGGCCUCCGGCUCCAUAAAACUCCUGGGACUUGUCCAGAGUCCUGACACAGCUGGAGGCCGGACAACAGGACAGGAGAUGACCUCCCACAUCCUGUGCAGACACCGGAUCCUCCCCCACCUCCCCAUCUCUCCAGCACAGCCACACCUCUCAGCCCUGUGGGGAAACUGUACCCUCAAAUGCUCCCUCACACACCCUGCAGCGUCAGCCACUCCCCACCCUAUAGGCUAAUAACCCGCAGAGCCUGGGACUGUCUGGAGGCACCAGUUGCACUUUCAUGGAGGCAAUUAGAGGCCGCAGACACACUGAGUGGACCCCCCACUUCUCAGCACUGCCAGCCCCACCCCCAGGCUUUAGGGUUGGAAACCAGGGGCCAGCCUGCCCAGACCACCCUCCCCCAAAUCCAGGCACCCACUUAUGCAGAACAAAAGGGAACCAAAUCCCCCAAACGCACUCCAGGUCUAUUUUUCUACCAGAGAGGAGCAGACAUCACCCCAGCAUCCCCAACCCACCAAGCCCCCAGCCCCACCCUGGACAUUCUGCACUUUAUAGUUUGGAUCUUGAGUAUAGAAUAAUGGGGGGACCCCUUCCUCUACGCUUCCCAAGUCCUUGGGGAACCCCAUUAAAGGACUGUGAAAGAGGAGCUGGAAUGUUUGGGGGGCUGGUGGACCCCCCAAGUCUUCCACCUCUCCCCACCUGCACCACACCACAUCUUCCCACCUGUAUGUGUGAUUUUAAAGGAAAAGAACGAAAGGAAUACAUUUUCUAAGCUCUUUCCUUGUGGUUUUUACUGAAGGGGGAUGGGUGGAUGUGGGGCCACCUUAGACUACCCACUGGGAAGGGACACGGGCCGUCUCCAGUAACACACUGUUCCAGGAGACCAGAAAAUGACUCCCUUUUAGAGCCUGUUUCCACAUCUGUAAGGCAGGAGCAGGGAGCGGCCACAUUCGUGAGCCCUUCUCGUUUUUCCUGUACUUUUUCUAAUCACACAAGUGUGUUUGUUUAUGAGGGCUGCUGUAAUAAAAUAUCAUAAACUGGGGUCUUAAGCAA